AUGCAUCCCACAACCACCACCUCCGAACCACCGCAAACACUCCUAGACCUAAUAACAGACGUCCUCUCCCUCCUCCUCCUCUCCACCGUGACCGUCCAAUCCUUCGUUGGACGGUGGCAAGUCCUUCGCACUAAACUCACCUCUCUCCAGUCCUCUCUUUCCUCUCUCUCCGAGUCCCCUCUCUGGUCCCAAAACCCUCUUCUUCACACACUUCUCCCUUCUCUCCUCUCCACUCUCCAACGCCUCCUUUCCCUCUCUCACCAAAGCUCGUCUACCAGCUCCUUCCCUGGCGGCAAGCUCCUCUUUCAAAGCGACCUUGAUAUCGCUUCCUCUUCUCUCUCCAAUCACAUCCACGACCUCGAUUUGCUUCUCAGAUCUGGAGUGCUUCACCAAUCCAAUGCUAUUGUUCUGUCGCACCCAGGUCCCGCUUCUGAUAAAGAGGAAUUAGUCUUUUUUAUCCACGAUCUUUUCACCAGAUUACAAGUCGGUGGCGUGGAGUUUAAAAGGAAAGCGUUAGAGUCACUUCUUCAGAUUCUAAAUGCAGACCAGAAAUCAGCUAGUUUAGUUGCUAAGGAAGGAAAUGUUGGUUAUUUGAUCAAUUUGCUCGAUUUUAACAAUCAACCUUUGAUUCGAGAACAAGCAGUUUCGGCUGUAUCGAUACUAGCUUCAUCCAACGACGAGUCAAGAAAGAUCUUAUUUGAAGAGGGAGUAUUAGGACAGUUAUUGAGGAUUCUUGAAACAGGGUCAAUGCCUCUAAAAGAAAAGGCUGCCAUAGCGAUUGAAGCAAUCACAGGUGAUCCUGAUAAUGGGUGGGCUAUUUCCGCAUAUGGUGGUGUCUCAGUAUUGAUUGAAGCGUGCCGAUGUGGAUCACAAGUGACACAAACACACGCAGUGGGUGCUAUUCGAAAUGUUGCAGGAGUAGAGGAUAUCAAGAUGGCUUUAGCAGAGGAAGGGGUUGUACCAGUUAUAAUAAGUUUGCUUGUUUCAGGUACUAGUGCUGCACAAGAAAAGGCAGCUAAUUGUAUAGCAAUACUAGCCUCUUCCGGGGAGUAUUUUCGAGAUUUGAUAAUCCAAGAAAAGGGAUUGCAGAGCUUGAUGUAUUUGAUUCAGGAUUUGUCAAGUUCAGAUACAAUAAUAGAACACGUUUUACAUGCAAUUAGCUCUCUCUCGGUAUCAGAUUCUUCAGCUCAGAUUCUGUCAUCAUCAACUGCUUUCAUUAUCCAUCUCGGCGAGUUGAUAAAACAUGGAAACACAAUUUUGCAGCAAAUUUCCGCAUCUUUACUAGCUAAUUUAUCAAUUAGUGCUGGCAAUAAGCGAGCUAUCUCCAGCUGCAUGUGUUCAUUGGUGGAGCUGAUGGAGUCGCCUAAGUCAGUGGGUCUGCAAGAGGCGGGAGCGCUUGCGUUGGUGUCAUUGUUGACAGUCCGGUGGAAUAAGAAAGAAUUGGCGAGGGAUGAAAAGAGUUUGAUGAAACUGGUGCAGAUGUUGGAUCCUAAAUAUGAGUUCAUUGCCAAGAAGUUUCCGGUAAUGGUAGUGGAUGCAUUGUUGAGUGGACGGAACGGUGGGUGUAGGAAGAGGCUGUUGGCCGCCGGAGCUUGCCAGCAUCUGCAGAAAUUGGCAGAGAUGGAGGUUGCCGGUGCUAAGAAAGCAUUGCAGAGACUUUCUGGGAAUAGGCUCAAGAGCAUGUUCUCUAGGACUUGGAGGGAAUAA